AUGUUCCAUGUCAGGAAGGCGCCAUCCGAGGCGCACACUUUGGCCAAUUUCGCCUAUGUGAAUCGAGACGAUUUCAAUGCGAAUGAAAUCAAACACGUCAAAGUCAAUCCCGGACCGGCGCACAGCUACAUCUUCUCGAUUCGGAAUGAUCCGGCGGUGAAGCGGGGAGAAAUCGCAUUCGGUGUUCCACACAGAAGUUGGGCGGUACUGUCGCUGGAUCAGGAGAUUCGUGUGACCCCGUUCCAAUACAAACCAUCCGAAUACAUUGGAUCGAUUGUCUUAUCUGCGGAUUUCAAUAAUAAGAAAAAUGUGACUGCCGAACCGCUGAAUGCUGACUUGAUGGCUCGCGAGUUUUCGAUUCAAUUCGGAGGACAGGCGUUCACUAAAUCCAUGAAAAUUGCGUUCCGUUUCGAGGAUAAGGAGAAGAACAAGACCCACACACUGUCCCUCGUCGUCAAAUCCAUCGAACAGUUCGAUGUGAACAAAGCGGCACAGGCGGCGGCGAAUGGAGAGCCGCAGAGCAGCAGUGCGAAGCCAGAGCAAAUCGAGUCGGGACAACUAUUGCCAAAUUCGGUGGUCAUUUUCGAUAAGGAAGAGGGCUCGAUGCUCAAUCUGGUUGGAAAGAGCAAGGGAAAAUCCGCCUAUCGUUCGAUCAUCAAUCCGAACUGGAAUUUCGCCGAAAUGGGCAUCGGUGGACUGGACAAAGAGUUCUCGAACAUCUUCCGUCGCGCGUUCGCUUCGAGAGUCUUCCCGCCAGAAUUCAUUGAACAACUCGGAAUGAAGCACGUUCGUGGUAUUCUUCUCUACGGACCACCAGGUACCGGAAAAACUCUGAUGGCGCGACAAAUUGGAAAAAUGCUCAACGCGCGCGAGCCGAAAAUUGUCAAUGGACCACAAAUCCUGGAUAAAUACGUUGGAGAAUCCGAGUCGAACGUUCGAAAGCUGUUCGCCGACGCCGAGGAAGAAUGGCGACGGUGUGGAGCGAACUCGGGACUUCAUAUUAUCAUUUUCGAUGAGAUUGAUGCGAUUUGCAAGCAGAGAGGAUCUAUGGCUGGCAGCUCAUCGGUCCAUGACACCGUCGUCAAUCAGCUCCUAUCGAAAAUGGAUGGUGUCGAGCAGCUCAACAACAUCCUCGUAAUCGGAAUGACCAAUCGUCGUGACAUGAUCGACGAGGCGCUCCUCCGUCCCGGACGUCUCGAGGUCCAAAUGGAAGUGUCGCUUCCCGACGAAUUCGGACGUCUUCAAAUCCUCAGAAUCCAUACUGCCCGCAUGCGAGAGUACAAUAAGAUGGACCCAAAGGUGGACCUGGAGGAUCUGUCGAAACGAACCAAGAACUUUUCGGGUGCCGAACUCGAGGGACUCGUCCGUGCCGCCCAAUCCAGUGCUAUGAAUCGUCUGGUGAAGGCUGGUGGCAAGGCGCAAGCCGAUCCGGAUGCAAUUGAGAAGCUGGUCAUCAAUUCCGGAGAUUUUGAUUAUGCACUGGAGAAUGAUGUUAAGCCGGCCUUCGGACGCUCUGACGAAUCGCUGAAUCGUUUCUUGACACGUGGAAUGAUUGUGUGGGGACCGGAAGUCACUCAAAUCGUCGAAGAGGGAAGUCUCCUCGCGGAUACUGUCAAAAAUCCAGAGAAUAGUGGAUUUAGAUCGGCUGUGUUGGCAGGAGCCCCAAAAACGGGAAAAACGUCCCUUGCUGCUCAAAUCGCCAAGAGCUCUGACUUCCCGUUCGUCAAAGUGAUCUCACCAGAAGACACUGUCGGAUUCUCGGAAUCCGCCAAGUGUAUGGCACUGAAGAAGGCGUUCGAAGACGCGAAACGAUCGAAAUUGAGCGUUCUAUUGAUUGACAAUUUGGAACGAUUGAUUGACUACCAUCCAGUCGGACCACGUUACUCGAAUUUGGUCAUACAAGCGCUGCUGGUGCUUCUCAAUUCACCACCACCGGCGGGUCACCGCCUUCUGGUGCUCGCCACGUCUUCUGACCGUUCGUUCCUUCGUGAUAUGGGCCUGAUGGACGUGUUCGGAUCAGUAAUCGAUAUUCCGAAACUGUCGACAGCCGAUCAAAUGAUGAAUGUGAUUCAGGAGAGCAACAUUUAUUCUGACGACCAGCUGCCGUUGAUCGAGCACAAGCUCCGAUCGUUUGUCGAGGGAAAAAUAUUCGGCGUCGGCAUCAAACAUCUUCUGGAGCUCAUCGAAUCGGCACGACAGUGUGAACCCGAGUAUCGUGUCUCGACACUCCUUCAGAAAAUCGAGAAUCUCUCGAAUUUGUACUAG